CGAUGUUUUUCUCUGUUGAUGUUUCCACAACCAGUGCAUCGAACUGAAGAAUUAGCUUAUAGUUUAUUGCAACACUAUUGAAAAAACUUACUUACGACACAAACAACUCAGUGAGUAGUUAUUUGUUAGCGUACUGCAGAAGCUUUUUCAUAUCGUUCCGGUAGAACCCAAACACAUGGUGCUUUUCCCGAUCCGAUUCCUAACGCGCUGUUUGUUUACUGCGAAUUUUACCACUAAUUUGACAGUGAGAAACGUCAGCAGCAGCAGUAAGCGAUAUCGUCAUCAUCCUCAAAACAAACUCGUCCGAAAGUUCCUUCACGACUCCUCCCAAUUCCGUCAUCGCCAAGCGCCAGCGCAAGAGUUAAGUAGUUCAGCGAUCACGUCAUUGACUAGUCGUUUCCGUAAAUCUUUCAAAAUAGGUUCCAGAAUGAGUUCCUCCUCACCGGAAAGUCAGGAUAUGCUGGAUUUAUUGGCGUACAACUGCAGCAAGCUUUCCAACGACCUGUGGGAAGCGACUAAUCUGAACGAAAAACGUAAGUUGGUCGUUGAGUAUUUGAAGAGUGCCGAUCGGGAUGGUAAAAGCAUCAAGGAUUUCCGGGAGGAUUUGGAUUGGUUUAACGUAACGGAACCUCUUUCGUUUGAGAAAGCGCUCCGAGGAAAGAUUGUUGUUCUGGACUUUUUCACCUAUUGUUGCAUCAAUUGUAUGCAUAUUCUUCCGGACUUAAAACGCUUAGAGCAUUUGUACUCUAUUGAGGACGGGUUGGUGGUGAUUGGCGUGCACAGUGCCAAGUUUGAAAACGAACGAGAUUCCCGGAACAUUCGGUGCGCCGUCCAACGAUAUGAGAUAACCCAUCCGGUGGUUAACGAUAAUGUUUCCUCGAUGUGGAGGAAUCUGCGUGUCCAGUGUUGGCCUACGUUGCUUAUUCUGGGGCCACGAGCGAACCCCUUGUUCGUAGUCAUGGGCGAAGGCCAUUUCGAUGAUCUUAAACUGUACGUCAGCUCGGCGCUUAAAUUCUACAAGGACAAGGGCGCUAUAGCAAAUCAUUCACUACCAAUCAACCUGACGACAAACCUUACGGAAAGCAGUCAUUUACAAUUUCCGGGUAAAAUAAGUUGCUCCUUUCGAGGAUGUGACAGCAACGAUAAUCCUUUAUACGCGAUUUCGGAUUCCGGAAACCAUCGCAUCCUAAUCGUCAACAGUGAGGGAACCGUUCUGCACCGUGUGGGCGGUAAAAAACCAGGCUUCAUAGAUGGGGACUUUCGAAAAGCAAGAUUUAAUGCGCCACAGGGGGUAGCCUUUCAGAGUGAUGAGAUUUUAUUCGUGGCGGACAACGAAAAUCAUGCCAUAAGAAAGAUUAACCUGAAGAAUAAACUGGUUAGCACCGUAGUGGGCAAUGGAAAGCAAGGCUGCGACAGGAUCGGGGGUAAAUCUGGCCAUGAACAGGUUAUUUCUUCGCCCUGGGAUGUAGCAGUGUAUCGUACCCGGGAUUUGGAUAUGUCCUUCCACUCGGACGAGUCUAAAGUACACCUAAAGGAUGUAGUUUUUGUGGCGAUGGCCGGAAUCCAUCAAAUAUGGGCUUUGUUCCUAGAAGACACCAUUUGGUGGAAGUUUAAAAAAUACUCGGCCAAUAAUUGUAUGGCAAUUGCAGGGAAUGGUCGUGAGGAAAAUAGGAAUAAUACAUAUCCGAACAAUGCAGCUUUCGCACAACCAUCGGGUCUCGCAAUCAAUCGGGAAUCCAAGGAACUCUACCUCGCGGACAGUGAGAGCUCGUCUAUUCGAAAAGUUUCACUGAGCGAUGGAAAGGUGAUGCCAGUCGCAGGAGGGGAUCGCAAUCCACUGGACCUCUUUUCCUUUGGUGACGUAGAUGGAAAGCAGUAUGCUGCCAAGUUUCAGCAUCCGCUCGGAGUCACAUACAAUCCGAAGGAUAACUGCAUUUAUCUAACCGACACGUACAAUCAUAAGAUUAAGAAAAUCAAUGCAACAACGAACGUGGCCACAACCUGCCUUUUCACUGAAGAGGAUGGCUCCGUGAAACGAUUCAGCGAACCUGGUGGCUUGUGUGUGGAUCCUACCGGCCGUUAUCUGUACAUCGCCGAUACAAACAAUCAUCAGAUUGCCGUCGCUGAUUUGUCCGAUAUGAGCAUCCGUCCAUUGAAAAUCCGCUUCGGUGGGGCUGCUGCUCUCGAGGCCGACCAGACGGACGUUCCAGGCGAAGUACACGUCUAUGAAGGCACCUUCAAAGUGCUUCCAGAAGGAGGCAAAGUGCAGAUCAAAUUAGAGUUCGGUUAUCUGGAAUCGAACAUCAAACUAACGGAAGAAGCACCGCAGCGAUGGACGCUCGCUCUACCAUCGGAUAAGUGGCGCUGUGACACGAUGAGUGGUACACUAAGUUCCCUGAACGAUGGUCUAACCUUGACGGUGGUCAUUCCUAAGGGUAGCGAACAACAAAAACCGGUUCAGGGUACGGUUAAUUUCCAGCUGAACCUGUGCGCUAAUGACGUCUGCUUUCCGAAGGAAUUCGCAGUGGGACUCAACUUUGUGCACGACGUAACCGGUCUGGCAUCGGUCAAGGCCGGUCUGAUGGUGCAGAUUGGCCGCAAGAGUGUAGUCGUUUCCAAAGAGUGAUGUACUCAGCGCUUAUCAAUGCAGAAGCAGAAUGCAUCAUUAUGACUUAACACGCUUUAAUUUUUUUUUGACUCAUUGAAAUUUACUAUCCUUUUUUUACGAAAUGUACCUAACAAUCGAUUGGUGUCGCUCAUGUUAUUGCUUGUUUUUGUAAAUGCAGAAAAUAGAAUGCAGUAAAUAAUAAAAAAGCUUUGAAUGGAAAGAA